UUUUUUUCCCUUGUUCCCUUAUUUGAUCGAAUGUCAGCUAACGCACGCGUGCAGCAAGGCAUUGCACAAGAGCAUCCCGAUUGGAUACUCCCGCGUUUAUGUCAGCAGAACGCAUAUAAAACGGGAAUUUAUAGUGCAAUUGCGACCGGUAUUGUAACAUUCCCGAUCGUUCAACGGUUUGGAUUAGACAAGAACAGAGCUGCAUUGGUUGCCAUGGCUGCUUCAACUGUUGGUGGUUAUAUUGUUUCGCAGUAUGCCUACGAGCACUGUCGCAAAGUGUAUGGAUCGUUUAACACUGCCGUAGAGGAGGCGCUGCAUGAACAGCAGCAUGAUAAAAAGUGACUUUCUAAGACACGUACUAGCGUGACGACUUCCUCGAUCAUGUCUAACGGUAGUACCAAUGAUUCAUAGUACAUUUUUCAUUUUUGAAUCAAUCAUCAGUGAUAUAAUAAAACCAGGCAUUGUCAAUAUAUUAUUUG